ACUGACCCGGAAGUGAAGGGGCCCACGUGUGCGAGAGAACGGAAGACCCCUGAUGUCUGCGCCGCCCGAAUUGCGGAUCAACGCGGCUUUUGCUGCGCGCUACAGCCAAUACCGACGGCGGGAGGAGUUGCAGCGUCUUCAGGAUCGUUAUGGGGCUGCGGGCGAAGAUGAGGCGGCGAGUUCCGAAUCGGAGGCUAGCGACGAGGAGGAGGAGGUGGUGGAACUUGACUCCAAACUGGAUUGUGCAUUUUACCGUACAUUGGCCUUGCUGAAAACCAAGGAUCCUCGGAUUUAUCAGAAAGAUGUCACUUUCUUCCAAAAUGAAGCUUCGUCCUCAACCAGUGAUGGUGAGAAGCCACCCUUAAAGAAGAAAGAAAAGCCUAUGUAUCUGAAGGAUUAUGAGAGGAAAGUCAUCCUGGAGAAGGCAGGCAAAUAUGAAGAUGAGGAAGGAGGAGCAGUUAAAAAACAAAAGAGUUACGUAGAAGAACAGAAGCAACUUAAGGAGAGCUUCCAGAAGUUUGUGACUGACAGUGAUGAAGAAGAAGAGGAUGAAGGUGGCAGUUCAUCUGCCUUGCUGUACAAACGGGCCAAGAGUAAGGAGGAAAAGGAGCAUGAAGAGGCAGAUUACAUCAGCUGGUUGAAAGGUCAGGAGAAGCCACAGGAGGAAGAGAUACUGAGGGAUUUGGCCCCACUUAAAGAAUACUGGAGCGAUCCCAAACUGGAUGAAGGGGAGCAAUUCCUACGUGAUUACAUCUUGAACAAACGCUACAAGGAGGGAAGUGAGGAGGAGGAGGAAGAAAAAGGGCUAUCUGGAGUGCAGCUAGUUGUGUCGGACUCAUCAGAUGAAGGCGAGCUCUUCCUCCAGAAGCAAGAGGACUUUGAGCGCAAGUACAACUUCCGCUUUGAGGAGCCCAAUGCUCAGCAGGUGAGCACGUAUCCUCGCAUCAUUGCAACUUCAGUACGCCGAAAGGAUGAGCGCCGCAAAGAGAAACGCCAGGAGAUUCGUGAGCGCAAGAGGAAGGAAAAGGAGCAUAAGCAGGAAGAAUUAAAGCAGCUGAAGAACUUGAAACGCCGGGAGAUCCUGGAACGGCUGGAGAAGCUGCGUGAGAUUACUGGAAGUGCAGCCAGCACCUUCCAGGAAGGGGACCUUGAAGGGGACUUUGAUCCUGCCCAGCAUGACCAGCUCAUGGAGAAAUUCUUCGGGGAUGACUACUAUGGAGUCGGUGAGGAAGAAAAACCACAGUUUGGUAUGGAGGAAGGGAUUGAUGAUGAAUUGAAUUGGGACAAUUGGACAGGAAGGGAUGGUGUCGAGGCAGAAGCUGACAUAUGGCGGCGGCAGCAGGAGGAGGAAGACUACCAGCCCCACUGUGAGGAUCCCGACUUUGUGAUGGAUGCAGAUUAUGACCCUUCCCAGCCUGGUCCAUCAAAGAAGAAGCGGAAGUUGAAAGCCUCCCUUGUAGGCAAGAGGAAGGGCAAGUCACCGUUUGCAGAGGCCAUCUGUCGGCCAAAAGAAUCCUUUGACCCUGAGGCCAAGACGUUUGAGCAGUAUGUGGAUGAGUUCUACCGCUUGGAUUAUGAAGACCUGAUAGGAGACCUUCCCUGCCGCUUCAAAUACCGCACGGUGGUCCCCUGCAGCUAUGGACUCUCAACGGAUGAGAUCUUGGUAGCUGAUGACAAAGAGCUGAACCGCUGGUGUUCUCUGCGGAAGACCUGCAUGUACAGGUCCAAGGAGGAGGAGCUGCAAGACAAGUCGGCCUAUGAGAGGAAGGGCCAAAAUGCCUGGAAGAAGCAGCAGAUUCUCAAAUCGCUUUGGACAGAGGUGGAAGAGCUAGGAGACAGAAAGGAGCCUGCAGGCAAGAAAGGAAAGAAGAGCAGGGAGAAGGCCAAGCGGCAAGAGCUGCCUUCUGAAGAGCUGCCACUGGCCAGUACUGGGGGCGAGGAGGAGACGCUCCUGUUUCCCGAGAGGGCCACCAGGAUUGCAAGCAAGGAAUUGGAAGAGACAGCUGCUACUGCCUCGGAGGGCCCCUCUUCUUCUCCUUCUCCACACCUCAGUGGCAAGAGACUGAAGAAGAGAGGCAGGAGGGGGUUGCUGCUGGGCACCAAAGUGUGGGUGGGGGGCUCCGCAUUCAGCCGCCAGAGGCUCCAAGCCUACGGUCUCAAUCCCAAGCGUCUACACUACCGCCAGCUGCUUCGAGAGAAAAAGCAGAAGCAGAAGGAAUGCCCCAGACGGACUUGGCAGCACCAAGGGAGCAAAGUGGCUCAGGGUUGAGCAGUCCCAUUGAGCUGAGCAAUAGGCGCCGCUCUCGUACCAUCCACUUUCCUCAAAGUGAGUGCGGGUGGUCCUCUAGCUCUUAGCCAAGAUUCUGUGGCCCUUGUUUCCAGUGUAGGUGAACCGUUUAACUUGUAUUGUAGAAUGAUUCCAAUACAUCCCUCUUCAGUACCUCC